CUCCACUAUUUCAUCCUGACGUCCUUUAUGUGGACGCUUGUUGAUGCCGUCCAGCUUUACAUAAACAUCGUGCUGGUCUUCGCAAAAUACAAUCCCAUCAGAUUUAUCGUCUUAGCCAUGAUAUUUGCAUGGGGUCUACCAUCACUUCCUGUCAUCUUUAUACUUGCUUAUGAUCGGAGCAUUUACUACAACGACCACGGAUAUUGCUGGAUGGAGCGGGGCCCACUUACGUUUGCCUUCAUCAUCCCGGUUGCCUUAAUUUGUACCGUCAACCUGUUCAUUUUCCUCAUCAUCACGUCCAAACUAUGCAUGCGUGAACACAAGAAACUGACCCAAAACCAGAAAAGUCGCAGACAGUUUGGACUGAUCGGAGGGUUUGCGAUGUUCAUUUUGCUAGGUCUGACGUGGAUUUUUGGUUUCCUGACUAUUGACGAUUCUCAACUCAUCUUCCGCUACCUAUUUGCGAUCUGCAACUCUUUGCUCGGAAUCUUGAUCUUAGUACUAUUUGUUGUCAGACGUGGCGAGACGCUGAAACUAUGGCACGAUUUAUGCUGCAAGAAGAAGGUUCUUACUAAAAUAAGUGCUUCUGACACGUGGACUCCAAAGCAACACAUGCACUCUAAGAGAACACCCGUAUCAUUUGUUCCACGCCAACUGACACAAGUUGAAAAGCCCAGCAAGAGGGCACGAUUCUAUGAGGAUGGAAUGUAA